UGUCUUCAUCUCAGGAUCUCAUUCAAAGCUACAGAAAAUCUGUUUUCUGUCUGAUUGGACUAAAUAUCUUUGGUCAUGAUCACCUCGUCUACUAACGGCAGAACGUCUGCAGCACAUUUUACUUCCAUUUCAUUGGUAUAGAGGCUCAUUAUGAGGGGAUACUAUGAAGGGUCUGAACUUGUACAGUAUAUGAGGGUUAAAAGGUAAAAGAUGCUUUACAUAGAUAAACAACGUUCCAACAACAACAACAACAACAGAGCAGCAGGAAAGACAAAAGGAGAAAACAAAUGCUGUAAAAAAAGAAUAAAAGAAUCAGCUUUAUAAAGCUGAGUUUUGGAGCUUAUUUGACAUUAAACAUGAUAUGUACACAGUACAUUGUGUGAUGUGUCUGGGUCUGAUGAGUCUGUGGAGUCAGCAGGUGGUGCUGUUUGACUGAUAAACUGUCUCACAGGGAGCAGAGGAGGAAAAAAUAAAAACGUGUCCAGUAGAGAAGCUGGAGGAUUGAUUUCCUGGUUGGAGCCACACCUCAGACAGAGAGAGAGAGAGAGAGAGAGAGAGAGAGAGAGCUGGUUAAUGAUCCCACACUGCAGAUCUCAUUCUGCUGCUCGUCUGUUCGCUGGCUGAUCGUCUCUUGGAAGUGAAUCUGCAGCUCUCGACUCCUCAGUUUGGAUUUAAAAACACACAUUUUGGAUUUUUGUCACUUUUCGAGGAGUUCACACAGUUUUCUCUUUUACUUCUGGACGUCUGAGGAUCAGUGAGUUUAAUCUGAUCCUCACUGGAUAUUUUCUUCAGUCUGCGUCCUCCUGCUGUCCGUCAGUGGACGGUAUUUAGCUCCAGGUGGGGUAUAUUUUGGGGGUUUUUUUGGUCGUCCGUGUGUCAGCUGCGGUGCAGUUUUCGGCUGAAUGCCCCAGGAUUACCCGCAGGCUGCAGUUCCUCCUCCGGCCUGCAGGGCGGCAGCAGCGAGCAGCAGCAGCCGGCCGCUGGAGACGCGGAGCGUCGGCAUGAGUGACUUCUGGCACAAGAUGGGCUGCUGCGUGGUGGCCAAACCACCGCCGAAGAAGAAGAGGAGGAGGAUUGAUCGCACUAUGAUCGGAGAGCCGACAAACUUCAUCCACCUCACACACAUCGGCUCCGGAGAAAUGGCAGAAGGCCUUCAGCCGUCGGGGUCAGUUCAGGAGCAGAUGAGAUCUAAAGGCCCAAAUAUGAACGGCAGGAACAGCCUGUUAUAGCCGGACUGUAUGAAACUGAUGCAGACCAGCUGACCCACAUCCUCCCUCCUCCCCGCCGACUCUUCACGCUCCUCCUCUGAUCCGGCUCCCCGCUGACGUGUCCUCGAGCAAGGCACUGCAUCCCCGCCAGCUGCGGCGGGGGGGGGGGGGGGGGGGGGGGGGGGGCGCUGUCCUGACCCGCAAACACGCCAGACUUCCUCCGUGGAGGAUCAUCAGAUGGAAAGAAUCUCGCUGUCGUCUCCUUUCAAGUCAACUCAAGAUUUUUUUUACAAGCCUGGAUUGAAAAUCAGCAUCUGACCCUGAAAACAAACAUAAAGGCAAAGACUACAUUUCCCAGCAUGCCUUUGAGCUUCCUUCACUUCCUCAUUUUACUCGUUCAAACACCAAAAUCACAAAACAUUUUUAUUAGAGGAUUCAAUCAAAAAAAAAAAAACGUAUUUGAAAACAAAUUGCAAUUGUCUGCAUGUUUUCCACCACUAGAGAGCAGACACGAGGACGCUUCCCCUGUCAGUAUUAACAUAAACACAAAGAUGACAUCACUGGACUCCAUUUCCCAGAAUCCCUCUCUAUUCAGGAUAUCCGAUAAAUGACAGAAUGUCUGUAUUUAAGAAAGAAAAAAAAAGUCUUUCAGGCUCCAAAGUGUUUCAAAUUCUCACAGGAUUAAUAAAAGACCACGUUUCCCAGCAUGCACAGGGGCUACACAUCUACAGGUUAUACAUGACUACAACUUCCACAAUCCUUCACUUUCAUUUCAACCCUCAUGCUGGUGGAAAACGUUUCCUUGUUAGACAUCAUUUCCCAGGAUGCUUCACUCUGCUCAGCUCUGCUCUGCGUUCAGCCUCUAAAGGAUUCAUGUGCCUGUUUUCUUUUAUCCCC